CACCUGAAACAAGAGUGUUGAAUCACCCAAAAUUCCUCUCAUUUGAUAUAGAUAGAAAUCUCACCGAAAGCUAUCUGACAACCGUGCUGAUUAAUUUAACCUUGCAUCCGAGUAUAGUUAGCUCAAUUUUCCCUUUUGCUCAAAACAUAGUAAGGCAUGAGUUAGUCAUAGUUUAAUUGGAAUAUUCUGAAGUUCUUUUAGGGCUAUAAGAACUCCUCUAACCUGCAGAGAUACUCAGAAGGAGCUGAAACAUGGAAGAAGGUGAAGAGGUCACUAUUGCAGAAGAUCAGAGGGUAGUGGACAUUAGUCUUAAGGACCUUGCAAAGAAACUAGAGGAAUUUGCCAAGGCCAGAGAUUGGGAGAAGUACCAUAGUCCAAGGAAUCUUCUUCUUGCAAUGGUUGGUGAGGUAGGAGAGCUAUCGGAGAUAUUCCAGUGGAAAGGAGAGGUUGACAAGGGGUUGCCAAAUUGGGAGGAAUCCGACAAGGAGCAUCUAGCAGAAGAGCUAUCUGAUGUCUUGCUCUACCUCAUCAGGCUGGCUGAUAUUUGUGGGGUUGAUCUUGGUGAUGCUGCCACCAGAAAAAUUGUAAAGAAUGCUAUCAAAUACCCGCCCAAGGCCUGCUGAAAUAGCAGUUUGAUUUAACUCUGUAGUUUUGCUUUGUGAGCUUGAAACAAACAUUUUGUUGGAAUCCUUGUGGAGACUAUGUUAUAGACUUACCCUUUUUGUUUA